AUGUCUGUUCCACGUGCUGUGGACAGCAGCUACAAGCCGCACUUGAUGCCGGAUAAUAAAGGCAGCUUUUCUUUUCCCUUCCUAACCGGUCUGUUCAUCCUUCUCCAGACACUUAAAAUAUCUAUUCUUUCUUACUUUCUUUACAGCUACCCACUAAUUCUUUCUUAUUUCCUUUCACCUCCGUUUCUAAAAUUUCCUUUCAUUGCAACUCCUUUUUUAAUUUCUUUCCUUCGGAUCCUCACCAUUUCUAUCUUUCCUUUUACAUACUGUUUAUAUACAUUUCCCCUAUCGUGCGUUGUUUCUACCUUUCCUUUUACCAUGUCUCUAUUAUUUCAACUUUUCCUUUCAUCUCCCCUCCGAUGUUUUUACCUUUCCUUUUACCAUGCCUCUAUUAUUUCAAGUUUUCAUUUCAUCACCCCUCCAUUAUUUCUACUUUUUCUUUUACCAUGCCUCUAUUAUUUCAACUUUUCCUUAAAUAUCUCCUCCGAUAUUUUUACCUUUCCUUUUACCAUUCCUCUAUUAUUUCAACUUUUCCUUUUAUCUCCCCUCCGAUGA